CCCAACCGAGACCCCCAUUACACACCAUGCCGGCCGCAGCCCGCCUGACAGGAGUCGAUACAAGCCGCAAACGUAAGCCCCACAAGAAGUCACGGCGAGGCUGCCGGAACUGCAAGCUUCGCAGAGUUAAGUGCGACGAGGCCACACCGAAAUGCAAGAAAUGCAUUGACUUUGGGGCUUCCUGCAAUUAUGAUUCAUCCAAACGUACCGGAGACCUCGACAUGGCGCUUGCUGGUGUUUCUGUUUCCUUUGAUGGAUUCUCGGAAACAACCGUGCACCAAGCCCAGCCCACACAGGUCAGCUUUGCUGAUUAUUCAUUGCCUGAUUUUCUUUACCCGGACCUGGAUUUCUUCAAAGAUUCGAUUUUGCAGCUUGACAAGGCUAGCAUGGAUCGCAUCGACCGUUUCCAGAUGCGAACAGUGCUGUCCGUGGGAACUACAGAAGCCUCAAAGAUAUUCCAGUCCAAGCUAAUCCCAAUGGCGCUAUCGAGACCGUAUCUAAUGCACGCUGUCCAAACCGUCACCGCGAUUGAAGAUCGCCACUACUCCAACAGCCCUGCCAAGCGGUCUAUGAUAGAGGCAUACCACAUGUCUCACACUGCAGCCCAAUUUAACAAAGUCUUGUCCAAGCCAUUAAAGGAAUCGGAUCGCGAUGCGGUCUGGACGACCGCCAUCCUAUUAGGCGUCAGUGCCUUCGCCUACACUGACGCAUCUGUGCCAGCAGAGUCGUGGCCACUCAAACCAUCAGACCCGGACGACCUCGAAUGGCUGCGGAUGACGGAACUAAAACACGCAAUCUAUAAGCUCACAGACCCGUUGAGAUAUGGAAGCAUGUUCUAUCAGCUCAGGGACGAGUAUUUGACCAGCUACCUCAGCACCAUACCUGAGUAUGGAAUCGAAGGUAUCCCCGAAACGUUUGUGGAUCUUUGCGAGUUAGACGCUUCGUCGUCAAUCACAUCAUGUCCAUACUUUCAUUCGUUACAUAUGCUGUCGCAGCUUCUUCGGACCGAAUACGCUCGCGUCACGUUCAUCAAGUAUCUCGCAUUCAUAAUGCACAUGACGCCAGAAUACAAGAGGCUAUUAGGGCUGAAAGAUCCGCGCGCGUUGGUAAUACUAGCCUACUGGUAUGGAAUGGUAGUCGAUGCUAUGUGGUGGUUGAAACGGCGGGCAAGACUGGAGUGUCAAGCGGUCUGCUUGUACUUGGAAAAAUACCACUCGCACGACACGAAGAUCAUGGAGAUGCUGCGUUACCCAAAGGUGCGGUGCGGCCUUUUGUAUCCGCCAAGUGAAGUGUAUGUAGGUAUGAGCAUACUCAGAUGAAAAGGGAUUAUUCACUUCUUGGCUUUCACUCGUCGCUUGGCAGCAGAAUUCUUAGAAAAGUGCCCCGUCACAGAAACAUAUCUUGAGGACUAAUGGCAGACGAAAGGCCUGAAGUAUUCAUUUCCUAAAUCAGCACUCCGAAGAGAGCCCGCCAUGAGAAGGAUGAAAACGACGAUUACGACACGUGAGUAGUGCAGGGGUCACAAGCUGGAACCAUG